GCGUCCGUUCGUUACGUCACUUCCGGGACGCUUCCUCGCGGAGCCUUGUGGGUAGCCGGCCGGGGGUCUCCUGGCGACGACGAUGGCGGGGGACGUGGGCGGACGCAGCUGCACAGACUCGGAGCUGCUGCUGCACCCGGAACUGCUGUCCCAGGAGUUCCUUCUUCUCACUCUGGAGCAGAAGAACAUAGCUGUUGAAAAAGAUGUAAGAAUAAACAAAGACAAUCUGACGGAUCUUUAUGUCCAGCACGCCAUACCAUUGCCUCAGAGGGAACUGCCAAAGAAUAGAUGGGGGAAAAUGAUGGAAAAGAAGAGAGAACAGCAUGAGAUAAAAAAUGAGCCUAAAAGGGGUGGCACUGUGGAUGGGCUAAGGAAAAGGCCCCUCAUUGUGUUUGAUGGAAGCUCGACUAGUACAAGCAUAAAAGUGAAGAGGACGGAGAACGGAGACCACGAUCGUCUCAAGCCGCUGCUUCGAGCAGGCGCUGCCAGUGACCCCUUUCGAAAAUUACCCAAUUCCUCCUCAAGCGUCUCGCCCCUGAUUUUGUCUUCCACUUUGCUUACCAAUGAUAAAGUAGAACACAGUGAUAGUGACACUAAACAGAACCAUGACUUAACACAUAGGAAAAGCCCACCUGGCCCUGUGAAGUCGCCGCCCUUGUCUCCUGUUGGAACUACACCUGUGAAGUUAAAGCGCGCUGCUCCCAAAGAGGACACAGAGGCCCCGAACAACCUGAAGCCGCCAGAAACGAAGAGGAAGAUACAGCAUGUCACAUGGCCCUGAAGGAAAGUGUCCAGAAAUGUAAAUGCAGCUGUAACUGUAGGUUUCAGAUAAGUUCACGUCUACUGACAGUAUUUACAGAUACUGAUUAUUGUUGGAUUUUCUUAAGAAGUUUAAAGUGGGUUAAAAGCAGUGCCCUUCCUUCUCUCCUUCCUUCCUUUUAUCUUCCCUUGAGUAGGAAAGCAUUUGUUUUUAAAAUAAUGGCGCCAUAUAUGACAGUUAUAUUGUCCUGGUCCAGUUCUGAGCUGCAGGUAUGGCAUAAAACAUCUGAUGACUCUUAGGAAUUAUUCUCCUUAGUCUUUCAGUCUUUGGGGACAGUUCAGGUUUUUUUUAAUUCCAGUAUUUUCCUGGUUCACCAUUUUUGUUAAGUGCUUCGUUCAAACAGAACCCCGCAACAGCUCGUGUCAGUAUCUUAGCAGAUCUCUCCACACUCGUGCCCUGGGGCUCACCAUGACAGAGGUGGUUGCCCCGCCAGGAGGGUUCCCAGUGCUGGGAGAACAGCGCUGUCCUCCAUUUCCUGGCCUGCUCGUUCCUGUGGAGGGUGGAGGAAGCCCGUGCUUGCUGCUGCUCCUUCCCUGACCCCGGCAGGAUGAGAGACGGGAGCCCUGGCCCUGGACGAGCUGCUGGUCCACAGCCGUCACCCGGGUUGCUCUUCACCAGCAGUGUGGGCUGUGUUCAUUCAGCCGAGACUCCCUGCUAGGAGCUUCAUCUUUAAAAAUGAAGUUGAUUUAAAAGUCUUCGGGCGAGGCCCCCAUACUGGAAGCUGAGAGGAAAAGUGUGAGUCGGACGCGGGAAAGGUAGGGGAGCCUGGGAGGGCAGUGAGGGAUCCCUGUGCUCCGAGGAGGCUGUGAGCGCAGGGGCAGCGGGCGGGGCCAACCCUGGGGACCAUCCGCAGAGAUCUUUAUUUUUGUGAGUGGUGUUGCCACUCUAACCUGGGAGUCGGUGACAAGAUGGCAUUUACAUUGUAGUUGCGGGUUCUGGUGGCUGCUUUUCUGCUGGGUAUUUGUAGCCAAGAUGGCAGAUCAGUGAUAGUGAUAACAAACAGCAUGCUGUAGCACGAGUGCCAUGGGUUCGCCACCACUGCAUUAUACUUUCUUCUGUGUAUGAUUGAUCUUUAACUGGGGUUGGCCUUUUUCAGUACGUUUGAGAGGACUGUUACUCCUCUUGAUUUGUUAAAAUAAGCAUUUUUGUUGAGCUAUUUAAUGUCUUUACUAAAAAUUAAUUCAGCCUUGUAGGUAAGUACUAUGUCAAGACCAUAGUUUUGAUCACUCUACCUUUUUCCAGGCUAAAUAUGUAUACGUCAGACAGAAUUGACUCAUGCUAAGCUUAUGUACACUUUGGGUUUAUGGUACAGUUUGAAACACAUUGUUACCUGCAGGGCUGAUGGCAUUCUGAUCUUACGGGUGUGGGUUAUGGGAAGCUGAGAAAGUGCAGAUUUUAGGGCAGAAUGACAGACUCUAUUUUCUGUUCAGUUGGCCCCUCUGCUGCCACCUGUAUUUCUCUCUUAGUUAAGAGAGAGUUAGCCACGUGACGAUUUUCAGUCAGUGGGAACUUACUUUUAGUUACUCAGUGAAAUUAAUUUUUAAUUUGUACAUUUAACUUACAGAGUAGGUUGGUAAUAACAGCUGAACUGUGUAACACUGUUGCUUCAAAUUGAAGUUCAUAUUACAAAUCUCAGAGUCCAGGCUCCUAGCGCAGCGUCUCCCGGGGCUGUCUGGAGCUUGGCCGGCAGCGCGCCGAGCCACCGCCACACGUGGCCCCAGCACCCGGGGUGGCCCUGCAGGGGACCUGGCUGGGGCCUCGGGGUCCUAGGUCUGGAAAUGACGUUUGCUUUGCUUCGAACCGCGCAGGGACGGGCCUGGAGCGGCAGCUUCGAUGGGCUGCUGCUGUUGCUCUUGACUGCGCUCUAGUAACUCAGCUUUCAUCCUGGCGGCAGGCGACUGGCAUGCGGGCGCAGUGAGCCUCGCUCUGCUCCUCUCCUGCUUCUCCUCCUGCCCCUCCUCCCCAUAGAAUUCCUUCUGUCCUGUACCCUCCCCUGCAGAGCCGGCGCAGAGGCUUCGGGUGGCAGGGCGUAUUGCUGGGCCUGUGCAUUCCACAGGCUGAGCUGCACUGACCCGGGCCUCAUGUGGGUCCGGGGCUGCCUUGAUUGCCAUGUCUCGAGACCUUGCCGGUGGCUGUCACAGCUGCGAGCCUUCCAGAAGGGACAGCUGCCAGGCAUUGGGGGAGUUGGCUUACUGCAACUGUGAGGCUGUGAUACAUCUGCAAGUAUUAGAAAUCUUCAGAAUUGGAGUUUUUAUUUGAAAUUAUAUUUUGGUUGACUUAAGUUUUGAGAGAUGAUUCUAAAACUGAUCUAGAGACUCAUUCAAUAGCAAUGACUUUUAAAACUUACAUUAAGUAACUGCCAGUAGAUCAAGUCACAUGUGUACGUAAGAGCAUCCUCUUUACUACAUGGCGCUUCAGUGCUUUCAGAGGCUUCCAGACGGUCAGAUGUUUUUAAGUGUGCUCUUUUAUUAAACGCUUGUGUAAGUUUUGUAACUCGGUACAGAAAAGUUUGACCUUGUAAUGUACAUUUUUGUAUGUAAAAAGUCUUUUAAGUAGCUUUAUCCUUAUUUAAAUAAAGCUGAGUAAAAUGAUCUCA